GUUUUGAGUCUCAUUAUAGAAGAAGAUCUUGAAAGCAAUUUUAUCUUAUAUAUCCUACUUUUUCCACUAUACUUUAAAACGGAAUCACAACUUUGCGAAACAUAUCGCUUUCGCUGGUUUCAGUUGCCAGCGAUAGGCAAACGAACAUAAUCAUAAACUUAAGAUUCUAACAAAGUAAAGUUUUCAUAAGCGCCAUUGCAGCGGGCUUACGAAAACUUUUAAGAAAACUUCUGGAAGCGGAAAGCGGACCUCCGACGAAAUUUCCAAGGCUACGACGGGCCGCGCGCGGGUUAUUUGGGCUUUCUCAGUUCAAACCUUUGAGUUACCCGCUCUCUCUUCUUGCUCCAAUCAAUCUUCAGUCCACAAAAUCUGAAAUCCACUUUAUCUAUUUUAGAUUAUUAGGUUUGCUAUCUCUUUGAUCCAAGCUUUUAUGUAUCACAACAAAACCCUAAUUCUACAAAUUGCUCCAGCGAAGAACUUAGCGAAGGAAUUGUGCUUCCAAUGGAUUACUUGAAAACUGUUGCCCCCACUCAGAUUUUGUCUGAACGAGGAGCUAAUCUCGUUGUCAUCAACUUAGGGUCUGCUAAUGUAAGAGUAGGAUUGGCUAUGGAUGAGAAACCUUUCAAUGUUCCUAAUUGUAUUGCAAGAUACAUUACACAAUCUGGGAAACCAACUGUUGUUGAUCAGAUGCUUAACACUGAGGUCACUACUAAUCAACAUGUUGACCGUGAGAGAGCUUAUAAUUCUGCGGCAUCGCUGUUGAAGAUACUGUUCCUGGAUGAAAGUUCUUCUUCUGGCUCUGCAUCUCGCAAGAUGGGGAGGAUCGACGGAUACAAUCAAGCGAGUACGAUAAAGAAAGAUUCAGUCUUUACUUGGACUGAUGUGUAUGAGGAUGAGAAAAUUUCUCUUGCCUCACCAGCAGAAACUUCUCCUGAUAAAGGUGAUGCUAGUGCAUCUGAAGCUGUUCCUGAUGUUACUGACUCUAAAGAUACUAGUGAGAGUAAACGCAAGUAUAGGAAAAUGAUUUUUGGUGAAGAAGCUUUGAAAAUAUCGCCAAAAGAGCCAUAUUGUUUAUACCAUCCUAUUCGGAGAGGUCACUUCAAUGUUUCGCCACAUUAUUCAGCGCAACGGGUUUGUGAGGACUUAACUGCUAUCUUGGACUGGAUUUUAUUAGAGAAACUUCAUAUAACUCACAAGGAGAGAUUCUCUUUUCAUGCUGUUAUUGUUGUCCCAGAAACAUUUGACACCCGCGAAAUAAAGGAAAUGCUAACUAUUGUGUUGGGAGAGCUAUACUUUAACUCAGCAGUUGUCCACCAAGAAGGUCUAUCGGCCGUUUUUGGGAAUGGUUUGACAACAGCUUGUAUUGUGAAUAUAGGAGCCCAGACAAGUACAGUAGUUUGUGUCGAGGAUGGGGUCUCAUUGCCAAAUACUGAAAAGAUUUUACCUUUUGGAGGAGAGGAUAUAUGUAGAUGCCUUCUAUGGAUUCAGAGGCAUUACCAAAAGUGGCCACAAAUCAACACAGAUGUUUUGGCAAAGCCAAUCGAUAUGCUGAUGCUUAAUCAACUUAAGGAGUCAUUUUGUGAAAUUAGAGCAGGAGAACUUGAAACUGUUGCAACGGUUCAUUCUUAUGAGGAAGGCAUGCCAGCUGUGCCUCACAAGACAAAUCUCACCUCCCUUAACGUUCCACCAAUGGGUCUGUUUUAUCCUAACCUUUUGGUCCCUGAAAUAUUUCCCCAGCCACCACGUCAAUGGUUUCAAGACUACGAGAAUAUGUUGGAAGACACUUGGAACAUGGACUUUGGAGGUGGUGGUAACAUGGGAUUACCAAUGUGGGAUAGUUUUGCAUUUUCGCCUUCAAAACCAAAGAAAGAAGAGAAGAUUGGUCUCGCUGAAGCCAUUACAAGCAGCAUUCUCUCUGCUGGACGCAUAGACCUUAGACGGAAGCUUUUCUCCAGCAUUCAAUUGGUAGAUCCUGAAAACCUUUUUUUUUACACACUCAAGUUUUCGCCAUGUACUUCCUUAAAAUCAUGUGCUACCAUGUAACUCUUCAUACAUGAAUGUGUUACCUUGGAACUCUCUCUCUCUUUUGGCUUCUCAGAUUGGUGGUGCUGGUUUGACGAAAGGUCUUGUAGCGGCAGUGGAAGAAAGAGUUCUUCACGCGAUACCUCCAACUGAAGCCAUUGAUACAGUGCAGGUUCUGCCAUCAAGAACGGAGCCACAAUUCGUAACUUGGAAAGGAGGAGCGAUAUUGGGAAUUCUGGACUUUGGGAGGGAGGCUUGGAUUGAGAGACAUCAAUGGAUGGUAAAUGGGGUUAAUAAAGGUGGUCUAAAGAAGUACAAAGACUCUUAUCACCUUCAAGGUCAAGCAAUGUACUUCAUCAACCCCUAGUUUCUGUCUAUAUCUUAAGCUUUCUCUGUUUCUUAUCAGAAUACUUUUACUUGUCAUAACUCAAAACCAAAAACAAAAAUUCUCAGAGUAAAUGUUAUUUUGCUAAGAUAUUCUCAGAGUUUGGAUUGAUUCGAGGCAUAUAAGAAUUUAACUGAUUUGGUCAUCUUUAAGAUCAUAACUAUUAA